GGUUAGGUUAGGAUUUAUAGUUAUAGAUAUGCUUAUUUUAUUUUGAAUAUUUGUAUGUGAAUAGCGUUUGUGAUAUAGCAUAAUAUAGUACUUAAAUGUAAAACAGUCGAUAUUAUCUACUACUACUUAUAAAGAGUUUUGAUAUGAAGUUUUCAUAUCUAUCAUAUACACAAUUUUAAUUUUAUUUUAAAAACUUUCUAGCCAUAUACUUAGGAUGGCCCUUCUUAAGUCAAAAACCAAAGAACUCCCUGAAGAUGCAGUUGUUCUCAGCCCACAAGAUGCAUUAAAAUACCAAAUGGACAUUGUUAAACAAUGGCACAAAACAUCUGAUGUACUAGCCUUGAGAUAUGGACCUUAUAUUUUGGGAACCACAGCACUGCUAAGUGGCAUAUUUUAUAAUAAUUAUUUUAGAAAAAAAUUUAUGCUUGGACAUCUUGGUAGAUUGUCUACAUACUUGCCAAUAUCAGUAGUGCCAGCCACCCUGACGGCAGUAUUACAUACUGAACUAGUCCUUAAGGAUAUCAUACUCUUAAAAUCUGACCAAUGUCCGCUGUGCUUGCAAACAAGAGCUGCUAUUCUCCAAGUUGGGUUUUCUACUAUUUUUCCUAUAAUAAUUGGCCCUAUGGGCUGCGCAGCAGUAGCGAUGAGAUAUGGCACAUUCAAUUUGCCAUACCUCCAUGAAAAACCCAAAGAAGUAUUCAAUAUUUUUCGCAAGAUGUUUACGAAAAUUCAGACCAAAUCAAUGUAUUUUAUGAUAGGACAAGCAUUUUUGGCAUCUGUUGUUACUUAUUAUGAAGCGAAAAACCUGUUUACUAUAUCGGCAGAACUAGCGCGAUAUGACUCGAGCUCUUUUGAUGAAUAACAGGAUAAAUGACGCUGGAAAACGGAUAAUUAUGAAGACGUUUUCUUUUGAGUUAUAUAGUUGAACAAAUAAAAUACUUCUAGUUACUGUUAUA